AUGGCCAACAGCAAUCACAAUAACACCCAGUACCAUCCCUCUUCCUUCCUCCUGCUGGGGGUGCCGGGGCUGGAAGCUGCACACUUCUGGAUGGGCUUUCCCUUCUGCACCGUGUACCUGAUUGCGUUCAUGGGGAACUGCACCAUCCUGUUUGUGAUCAAGAUCGAGCGGAGCCUCCACCAGCCCAUGUUCUACUUCCUAGCCAUGCUGGCCACCAUUGACCUCGGCUUGUCCACGGCCACUAUCCCCAAGAUGCUGGGCAUCUUCUGGCUCCACCUACGGGAGAUCAGCUUUGAGUGCUGCCUCACCCAGAUGUUCUCCAUCCACAUGUUAUCUGGCAUGGAAAGCACAGUGCUCGUGGCCAUGGGCUACGACCGCUACGUAGCCAUCUGUAAGCCCCUUCAGUACUGCACCAUCCUCACCAAUAAAUCCAUUAGGGUUAUCCUAGGGUUAGCUGUCCUGAGGAAUUUUUCUCUGAUGUUUCCGAUGGUGUUUUUUCUCUUGAGGUUGCCCUACUGCGGCCACCGAAUUAUCCCCCACACCUAUUGUGAGCACAUGGGCAUUGCCCGAUUGGCGUGUGCAAGUAUAAAACUUGACAUCAUUUAUGGUCUAUGUGUCAUCUGCCUAGUUUUUUUGGAUAUACUGCUCAUCGCCAUCUCCUACAUCAGGAUUCUCUACACUGUCUUCAGACUCCCCUCCCAGGACGCACGACUCAAAGCCAUAAACACUUGCAUCUCCCACAUCUGUGUCAUUCUGGCCUUCUUCUUCCCGGUCCUCUUCUCCAUCCUCACCCAUCGCUUUGGACACAACAAAAUCCCCGGCUACAUCCACAUCCUCCUGGCCAACCUGUACAUUGUUGUUCCUCCCGCCCUCAACCCCAUAGUCUAUGGGGUGAGAACCAAGCAGAUCCGUGAAAGUGUAUCCAGCAUUUUCACAAAGAAGCAGUCAUUCUGA